GCGGGGGCGGCGGCGGCGGCGGCGGCGGCGGCGGGGGUCACAUGAUGUCCACGGACGACCUGGAGUACCCCCGGGAGUACCGCACGCUGGGCAACGGCACGCGCCGCUUCUCCAACGUGGGCCUGGUGCACACCUCGGAGCACCGGCACGGCACGGUGAUGGCGGCCCAGUCCCUGGAGGCCCUCAGCAGCCUGCACAAGGCCGACAUGGAGCGCAAGAGGGACGCCUUCAUGGACCACCUCAAGUCCAAGUACCAGCAGGGCCAGCAGGGUGGAGGAGGUGGAGGA